AAGAGUGAAAGGAGAGUGAGAAUUAAACCACAAAAUAAAGUGUUGUUAUCCGAAACUAAGGAGAGAAAAAUGGCGAACAUAGCAUCAGCUUCUGUUCAACUCUCAAACCCAUUUCCGCUAUCUUCUUCUUCUUACAAACCUCUCAUCCGCAGAAACUUCCUUCUCUUCACCACACGAGCCAACGAUCCUCAAACACCACCCUCUGAUUCGGACCCAUCCAAACCCGAUUCCAAGAUUACCGCCACCGGAGAAGACUUCGAUGACCGCAUUAACCGCCUCCGUAACCGGAGGGGCACUGGCAAGAAGGCGGAAGUCCGUAAGAGCCGGAAGGCGAAUAAAGCUACUUCAGGAGCAGCGCCGGGUUCCGGCGUGUAUCUACCGCCGGUGCCACUGAAAGAACCGGUUUCCGGUGGGUUGAAGGUGGAGUUAGGGUUUAGUAAAUUCAGCGAGAGAUUGAACGGUCGUGUUGCGAUACUUGGAUUGACGGCACUGUUGCUGGUGGAAUUGGCAACAGGGAAAAGUGUUAUCAAUUACCAUACGCCUGGGACUGUGCUUAUUCAGUUUUACUUUAUGGCUGCACUUACUGCCAUCUAUGUCAAGUUUCAGAAGGAGAAAAUCAGUAUUUGGCCUGAUUCUUCAUCAUCAAGCUAAUGUUUAUCUCUAUUUUCAAAUCUACAGCAAUGCUACUUGUUAUAUAUUAUUAUUAUUGUUGAGCGUCAAUUUGUACAAUGAAAAAAAAUACUACUGCUUUUGGCAAUUGUUUUGCUUCA